CUUGGGUUUGGAGCGAAAAUCGAGAGACGUUAGUGCCUUCCGAGGGUAGUACAGAGCAUGCCCUUCAGAGUCGUGGUUGUGAGCUUGAAUCUUCGGAUCUGAAUAGCCCUUCGAAACACAUGAUAUGAGAGUGUACGUUCACAUUGGAGCACUAUGCAGGUCUUGAGGAGAGAUUUACCUGCACGCUGUGUGAAGAGUGUGUUGCCAAUCGAUUUCGUUCCAAAACCCAGUCCCCAGCUUUGGAUCUCAUUCGUUCAGAGAACCAUCAGCAAUGUCACAGUGAGAAGGAAUCCUCAGAAUCAAGCCAGUCUCACGGAUGCAAAUCGAUCGACAAAGGACGAGCCCUGCUCGGCCUAUAGUUCUCUUGACCACCUCCAUCGUUUACAAUCUGUCAACAAUUCGGUGAUGCCCACACAAUUGUCAGGAUCUAGGAGGUUUAGCAGCAUAUACGAAGAUUUUGAUGUUUUUUCUGGAGCCAAAACAGGGCGCGUGCUUAUAGACGGCUAUGAUGAUACAGGGUUCAUUUUGAAUGGUGUAAGGCAUGAAGGGUCCCUUAUUUGUCUGGGUAAACUUGUUUUUAAAUGGACACCAAGGAAACCAUCUGAGAUUACUCCGGAGAGUUUAUCGCUUUUCGAACUUCUUCGACCACCUCCUGAGCUUCUCAUCUUAGGCAACGGCAAGAGAAUAACACCCGCACGACCUGAAGUACGAGCAUAUCUCAAAAAAAACGGCAUAAAGCUGGAAGCGAUCGAUACGAAAAAUGCGGCUUCUACUUUCAAUUUUCUCAAUGAAGAGGGUCGACAAGUAGCAGUUGCGAUGCUGUCUCAAAAUAGUACUGAUAAUUCUUAAAGUUGCAGACUUUAACCGAUCAUUGCUAUUGGAUCAUCUGUUGCAACUGCCACUACUGUACAUACAUCUCCAUAUAUGGUUUAAAAUUUGCAACAUGCUUUCUAAAAUUGUAACACACGACAAUGUUGAAUGAUCGCAAGUCAAAUC